GCAGUUCAAAUCCAAAAUGGCUACUUCGUAGUCGACGAAUUCCUGACUUUAUAUUUCUGAUUUCUAGCACAUUCUUAGGACCAUGACGAUAUAUAAUAUGUACAUUUUCGACCGAAAUGGUACUUGCUUGUAUUAUGAAGAAUGGAAUAGAACAAAGAAGUCUGAUAUGUCGCACGAGCAGGAGUUUAAGUUGAUGUAUGGGAUGCUCUACUCCAUCAAGUCUUUUGUGGCUCGAAUUUCUCCCUUUGAUUCCAAAGAUGGAUUUUGUAGCUAUACGACAAGCAAGUAUAAACUUCACUUUUAUGAAACACCUACAGGAUUGAAACUAAUAAUGAACACAGAUAUCAACACUAAUAAUGCUAGAGAUACUCUUCAAGACAUUUAUAGCAAGGUUUAUGUUGAAUAUGUUGUCAAGAAUCCUUUAUGCAAGUUGGAUGAACCAAUACAAAGUGAACUGUUCAAAACAAAACUUGAUGCUUAUAUCAAAGGUUUACCAGCUUACAAUUAAUAAUAAUCAUAUCAAAAUCUGAUAUACAUUAUUUUUGGUCAUCCAAGCAAUGGGUAAUACAAUAUUAAUACAAAUAAGAUUUGCUUUUCAUUGAAAACAUUAGCUAUCAAUCACAGUGACCAAUUCAUGGCAUAUCUGUCUAUAUCAUUUUGUUCUACUUGAAUUAUAACAACUGUUAGUUAUAACAUAUCAAUAGCCAUUUGGGAAUUGAUUUUAUUAAUAGUUUUAAGUUGUUUGAAUAACCUUGUCUCUUAUAUCCAAUACAUCACACUCUGCCAUGUACAAUACAGUCAAGUUACAGGCUUUGAUGAUCAUAAUAGACUCUAAGUGAUAAUUUAAUGUAUUUAUGUACAAUAUUUACAAAAGUAUGAAAAGUUGAAGUAGAACUGUAUGCAUGAAUAAUUGUAUAAAAAAUAGAUUUUUUUGUAAACGUAUUUGAAUAAAUCUAUUACAGUGUAAAUAAUAAAGUGUGUUCUCAUGCUUAUCCAAUCAGGAACUUAACUUACAAUGAAACCAUGCUUCAUAUCAUAGUUAUUUUGAAACUUGUGGUCAGUCAUCAUUACCAUCCUCCAUUCAUGGUAAAAUGGAUGUAAUGUAUUAACAAGUAUAUUWCCUUCAUAUAAAACUGUACAUGUGGGUCUGCGUGAUGUAAUAAAAGAUGUUGUAGA